AUUAUAUGUACAUUGUAUUAUCCGCUUAGUCAUAAGUUACAUAGUUUACCAUAAUGGCGAGUUACAUGUAUGUUAUAGCAUCCGUUGAUAUUAUAGGACAGGUUUUAGCAGACACCACGCAGAAUAGUAUCUCGACAAAUGUGGAGAUGACAUCAAAUGAAUUAGUGGAGAUAGAUAGUAAUGAACCAAAUACUAAAGGGCUAGGGACAAAAGGAUUAAUAAUUUUGCUGGCCGCUGUAGGAUUGAUCUUUCUUGUUACCAUAUUAGUAGCACUGUUUGUGAUACACAGGUUCAAGAAAAAGAAAAUUGAAAUUCGUGCGAAUCGCUCCAGUUACAUAAACCAUGGCUAUGAACAAACGGAAUCAGAAGGUUUUACACGAGAACGUGACGGAUCACAUAAUUCUCGAACAGUUCCUCCGAUAAAGCCUACCAGAAGAUCCAGUUCCAAGAAGAGUCAGAACACAUGCUAUGUAAACAUAGAGAUUGGGACCGUUAAUAAACCAGACGAUAAACCAUUUCCAACUACAUCACUGCCGAGAAAUAUUGAUCAAAAUGUUGAACUGGUGGUUCCCAAUUUAACAUCGAAAACAUCUAGUAUGGGUUCUAGUAUUCCGUAUAUCGAUGCAUCGAAAGAAAAUUUAGACAUUAUCAGUGAUAGGGGGAAGACUUCAAUGGAAAAUUUAAAUAUAAAUGUCACACAAAGUGCUGAGGAAAUUCGAACGUAACUGUAAAAACACAUUGUUAAAAUUUGUUUUUCAUUUGUUUUGUGUUUCAAAUAAAAAGAUAUAUUUGUUU